CUCCCUCCUCCUCCUCUUCCGCUCUCUCUCGCGCCCUUUCUCUCUCUCUCUCUCUCUCUCUCUCUCUCUCUCUCUCAGUCUUAGAGUGACAGUUUACAGUUCAGCUCAGAGUUCAGUACUCGUUUGGCGCCAUUCCUCCGCAUUCUCGCCGAGUAGCUCGCUGAUGCUCAAUCCUUCCCCAACUAGUCCUCCGGUGACCUGGAAGUGAAGUUCAGAGCUCUCCUCCGAUGUCGGAGGUUGAUCUUGAUGGUUAUGCCCACAUUUAAAUUGGCAAAGUUGGGGAAUGCUUUUGCUUUCUAGUAAUAUGAUAAUAUCCCACCCUUGAGGUCUGCAAGAUUUGAUGAUUGGAUAUGAGAGAUGAGGUUUACUGUGAAACUUGUGAUUGCUGGUCUCAUUAGCUUGGCCUGGAUAGAGCAAGUUAAUUGUGAGGGGCCUUCUAAUUCAUCUGAGACAAGUAAGUGGACAUGCAGCUGUUUCACCAACUUGAGUAUUGCUAGUGCAGCUAACUGUUCCUCAUCCUGUGAUUGCAAUCCUGAUGGCUCAAGCCAAAGCAAGUGGAUGUGUAUAUGUUCCGCUGAGGGGUUACCUACUGUGGCUGCUGGACAUAAUAAUACUGGCUGCUUUACAUCUUGCAACUGCAGUUUUGGGACUCCAGUUGUAACACAGUAUCCCAAGAAGUGGAUUUCCAGCAAAGCUGUUUUUGUUAUUCUCUUGCUUUGUUCAGCAGUUGCAACUCUUGCAUUUAUUGCUUUGAUGCUGUGCUACAUCUAUCAAAGGGAUAAAUAUUCUGUUCAACGACAUAUUUUUUCACCAGAUAAAGAAACAAGUUUCAGUAGUGCUACUAACUUAAUAAGCCAAGGAGCUUCUUCAGAAACAGAAUCUAAAGUUUCUGCAGCCACCCCCACAAAUUUUGUUACAGGGUGCAUUCCCAAGGCGUCAUUACUAUUCAGAAGCAAAAUGGGAGCACCAUAUGGAAUGAUUAUACAGUUUUCAUACUUUGACUUAGAAAACGCAACUGAUAGGUUCUCGGCUUCCAAUUUGAUUGGAGUUGGAGGAAGUAGUCAGGUAUACCGUGGCCAACUGAAGGAUGGAAGAAUCAUUGCGGUUAAGAGAAUAAAAAUUCAAGGAGGGCCAGAUUCAGAAUCGUCUUUCUUGACAGAGAUAGAACUGAUAUCAAGACUUCAUCAUUGUCAUGUGGUGCCAUUGCUUGGCUACUGCUUAGAAUACCAUGGGAAACAUGCUCAGAGGCUGCUGGUAUUUGAAUACAUGCCUAAUGGCAGCCUCAGAGAUUGUCUGGAUGCGGCUUCUGGAAGAUGUUUGGACUGGGCCACUCGGGUUACAAUUGCUUUUGGAGCUGCUCGGGGUCUAGAGUAUCUCCAUGAAGCAGCUGCACCAAGAAUUUUGCACCGUGAUGUCAAAUCCACAAAUGUCCUACUGGAUGAGAAUUGGAGAGCCAAGAUUACUGACCUUGGAAUGGCUAAACACCUGCAAAAUGAUGGUGUGCCCAGUUGUUCCAGUUCCCCUGCCAGAAUGCAGGGGACCUUUGGUUAUUUUGCACCAGAAUAUGCCAUUGUCGGGCGAGCUUCUCUAAAAUCAGAUGUAUUCAGUUUUGGUGUUGUGCUUCUUGAACUGAUUACUGGACGGCAGCCUAUUCAGAAGUCAAUGAACAGAGGGGAGGAGAGCCUCGUAAUAUGGGCAACUCCGCGUUUGCAAGAUAGUAAGCGAGUGAUUUCAGAGUUGCCAGACCCAAAUAUGAAGGGGGCCUAUGAAGAAGAGGAAAUGCAGGUAAUGGCUUACUUAGCAAAGGAGUGCCUGCUGCUAGAUCCCGAUUCUCGCCCAACCAUGAGUGAGGUUGUUCAAAUUCUCUCGACUAUUGCUCCAGAAAAAUCUAAGAGGAAGAACUUUAUGGGACACAGCUUUAAGAGCUCAUUCAACCAUGGCAUUGAAAGCUAUGGAAGAACUCUCAACCCAACCGGAGAAGAGGAGAUCAAGCAAAUCACCUGUGAGAAUCAGCCAGCUCACCGCUCAUCUUCGCCUCCACACAGUGACCACUAUGCUGAAAUUAGUCAGAAAGAAGCCAAUACUGAUUCUGCAAAGUACGAAGAGAGUGAAAUCGUCCUCUCCUCAAACGUCAAAAAGCGGCGUUCUCAAGAUGAUGAAGCAGUGGACUUGACUGAACCGCGAUUUGAAUCAUUCCAUGUGCCAACAGUUAUAUAUACAGAAGUUGCUCAAUGAGGUUCUUCUGGUGCCAGGUUCAACUUUCUUUUCUUUUGCUGUUCUUCUGCUGUAUUGUUAAAUUAUCCCUGACAACAGAACUAAAGAUAGGGUUAUAUAAUGCCUUGCAUACAAGGCAAUUUAAUUGGUUUCAUUUCAUAGAUUAUACAUUUAGAAUGUACAUAUUUUUCAGAUGAUUUUUCAAUUACAUUUCUUAUUUACUGGUGUCGCAUAUAAAAUUUAGAAUUUUCUGUA